GGUGAGUUCGGCCGCCCGCGCCCCGGUUACCAUCUUUGAUUCCUCCUGAGGGCGGGAGGGGCGUGCCUUAGGUGUCACUGGGCGGAGGUAAUUUGGGUUGCGGUUUUAGAUUUUUUUUUAUGCUGAUCCUUGACUGGCGCCCUGGCCCAUUUGAUGACACGGAAACAUUAGGCCACGAGGGAACAAACUCCAGCGUGAGCAUCAAAGAUGGUUGCCCUUCAAUUGGAGCGAAGGGUCGUAGGCGUCGACUGGGUUGACAGGACGGAGUUUACUUCUUGGGGUACACACUACUUUCCCUGUCAGCGGUCUCUCCAUGUGUGACAUCUUUAUAGAUAUGGAAAACACUCAGGUGAUUGACUGGGAUGCUGAAGAAGAGGAAGAGACAGAAAUAUCCAGUGGAUCCUUGGGGUAUAGUGUGGAGCCUAUAGGGCGGCUGCGAUUCUUCAGUGGUACCCAUGGACCAGAACGAGAUUUCCCACUCUACCUUGGCAAGAAUGUAGUUGGUCGAAGCCCUGACUGCUCUGUGGCCCUGCCUUUUCCAUCCAUCUCCAAACAGCACGCAGUGAUUGAAAUCUCAGCUUGGAACAAAGCCCCUAUCCUUCAGGAUUGUGGGAGCCUCAAUGGCACUCAAAUCGUAAAGCCUCCUAGGGUCCUAGCUCCUGGAGUGAGCCAUCGUCUGAGGGACCAGGAAUUAAUUCUGUUUGCAGACUUUCCCUGCCAGUACCAUCGCCUGAAUGUCCCACCACCCUUGGUCCCUCGGAGUCUUCUAACUAUAGAGAAGACCCCCAGAAUACGGGGAAGAUCCCAAAAUUCCAGAGUUUUGUUGGCUGAGGAUUCAGAGGAAGAAGGAGAUUUUCCUUCUGGAAGGUCUGUGGCAAAUGGAUCAAGGAAUACAGCAUCCCCUUCAGCAACAGUAGUUCCAGAAAGUGAUGAAGAGGGCUCUUCUCCAGGCCCAAGUGUCCCUGGGCCAUCUUCACCCUUUGGUUUGGGAAGUGACACAGAUGAAUCACAAGGUCAGCAACCAGGAGUAGAGGAAUCUUCUUUAGCUGACAACAGUGGUGCCGCAGGGGAGCCUGAGCAGCCUGAAGUGAAUGGAGUGACAACUGGCACACUGGCUCAGCCUACCAAGGACAAGUUCAAGGACACAAAGAUGAAGGAGGAGGCAGGCAGUGCAGGGGUUCCAGUUGGGUCAGUUGUGGAGGGGAGCCCCACUCUUGGGGAAGACAGUGACACAGAAGCGGAUGAAGAGCGUCAGCCUUCUGGUUCUGGGGAUAGUGAUACGGACGUAGAAGAAGAGAGGGUCCCUGUGAAGAAGAACCAAGUACUGCUUGGGGUUGGUAUAGGGGGUCCAGGAGCACGUGGUGUGGCACAUCUGCAGGACAGCCCAACUGGUAGUGACACAGAUGUGGAGGAGGACAAGACUGCACUGGCUGCCCCUCCAGAGAGAAGCCACACAGCCAUGGUGAUCAACAGUGAUACAGACGAGGAGGAGAGGGGUGAGGAGGAAGAGGUCUCGGCAGCACUCACCUUGGCCCGUCUGAAGGAGAGAGGAAUUGCUUUGUGGAGUGGAGAGCCAGGCACAGAGGAGGUCAAGUCCCAACCACAGGUCCUUGUAGAACGAAGCCAGAGUGCCUCUGGGAGAGACAGUGACACUGACGUGGAGGAGGGAUCCUCAGGGGGAAAGAGAGAGAUUGUCCCUGACAGCCCCAUGGAUGUAGAUGAGACUCUUACUGUCACACAGCCAGAGAGCCAGCCUCCCUGUAGGCCCAAUGAUGUAGACGAGGAUGUGGAUAUGAGCUCCCCUGGCAGCCAUCUAGAGGGAAAGAAGGCCUCCUCUGCUCUGGUAGACAAGAACAGAGCACAAGUGGAGGAGGAAGUCCCAGGGCCAUCUGUUACCCUGGGGGAGAAACACCAGGUGCCUCUAGAGGGAGCCCAGCCUCCUGAGGAAGCCCGGGAAACAGCUGUGCAGGAAGGCUCAUCCUCACCAGUGGCAGACAUAAGAAUGAGCCAGCAGCCAGUAGCGGAAGAUGCUGGGACAGAGUGUGCUGCAGCUGUUUCUGAACAGAAAAGUGCUCUUGAGGUCGGGGCUCAGAGCAGGUCACCUGCAGCACCCGUGGAGCAGGUGGUGGUACGCACAGAUACUUCAGGGGAUCCUACCCUGCCACAGAGAGAGGGAGCCCAGACCCCCACAGGAAGGGAAAGAGAAGCACAUGUGGGCGGGACCAAGCAUGCCAAAGAGUGCUGUGAUGAACCUGAGGAUCUGUGCCUUUCAGCCACCCAGUGCUUUGUGGAAGGGGAGAGCCAGCACCCAGGAGCUGUCCAGAGUUUGGAAGAUGAGCCUACCCAAGUCUUCCCAUGCCUUCCCCAAGAGCCUGGACCUUCCCAUCUCAGCCUCCCGACUCCAGGUGCAGAUACCUUGGAUGUGCCUUGGGAAGUCUUGGCUACACAGCCGUUCUGUCUGAGAGAACAGACAGAGACCUCUGAGCCCAUUGACACCCAUGAAGCUCAUGGAUCUCAACCAUCUCUACCUGGGGAACCACCAGGACACCAACAUCCGGUCCCUACCAGCCUAGAUCACACAGAGCUGUUGAGAAUUGAUGACAGAGAGAUGCAGACUGUGGAGAAAGCCAUGGGCCACCUAAGUUGCCAGAUGAUGCCAGAUGGAAAGGCUUCCGGGGAUGACCCAGAGCCCUCAGACCAUCGCCUGUUUUCUCCAGUGCCUGAAGCUUCAGCUUCACCUCAGAGUCUCCUCACCUCUCAGAGCCAAAAGCAAUCUACACCUCAGCCUAUGUUUCCCACUUCUUCUUCUGAGCUAGCCCUUCCUGAGACUCUUCACACAAAGCCUAAUGUCAGGCCACGGCGGUCCUCCAGGAUGACCCCCUCCCCACAUUCCUCUGCUGCCCUUAAGCCUUAUACUACCUGCCCCACAAACCAGCCUGCUGCUUCUAGGCCAACAUCUCGCCCCACUCGGGGCAGGGCAAAUAGGUCCUCUACCAGGACCCCAGAACUGAUUGUCCCUACAGGCCCUGAGCUCCAGCCUUCCACCUCCACAGAACAGCCUGGCAUUCCAAACCUCACUUCUCAGGUCACUGAGGGCAGGGCACAUAGUACCUCUGUUAAUAUGCCUGAACCAGUUCUCACAGGUCCCGAAGCCCAGCCUCUCACCUCCGCAGAACAAUCUGUCACCUCAAACCUCAAUCCUCGGGGUAGGCAAAGUAGGUCUUCCGUCAAGACCCCACAACCACUUAUUUCCACUGGCCCUGACCUCCAACCUCCCACCUCCACAGAACAACCUGUCGUACCUAAAUCCACAUCUCGGACCACUCGGGGCAGGCCACCUAAGUCUUCUGUCAGGACCCCAGAAUCAGUUGUCCCCACUGGCUCUGAAUCUCUCACCUCCAUAGAACAGCCUGUUAUCCCUAAAACCAGGGCCGCUCGGGGUAGAUCAAGUAAGCCUUCUAUCAAGACCCCAGAACCAAUUGUCCCCACUGGUCCUGAACUGCAGCCUCUUACCUCUGCAGAACAGCCUGUCACCCCUAACCUUACAUCUCGGGCCUCUCGGGGUAGGUCAAAUAAGUCUAUCAGGACCCCAGAACCAGUUGUCCAAACUGGCCCUGAAUUCCAUCCAUCCACUUCCUCAGAACAGUCUGAUACCCCUGAGCCCUCAUCUCAGGGCAGGACACGUAGGUCUGUCAGGACUCCUGAAGCAAGUGUUUCCACAACCCCUGCACUCCAGCCUUCCACUUCUAAAAAACAGCCUACCCCCAAGCCCACAGCUCUGGUCACUCGGGGAAGGACACAUAAACCCUCCACUGAAGGUUUGGAAUCAGUUGGGCCAGUGGCACCUGAUUUUGAGCCUCCCACCUCUACAGACCACCUUGUUACCUCUAAGGUGACAGGUCAGAGCUUAACACUACAAUCUUCACCUGUAAGUGCUUCCCCAGUUUCCACUACCCCUGAACUCAAGCCUCCUGUCCUCAUAGCCCAGCCUCUUACCCUGGAGCCAGUUCCACAAACCAGUCACCAAAGGAGGCGAAGGGCUACUGGGAAGCAGGGCUCCCGCACAGCUCCUGUUGGUCCUAAGUCUUACUCUACCCCCGCUGAACCUGAACCCCAGUCUUCAGCCAGCCAAAGCUCAGGAGCAUCAGAAGCAGAUUCACCCCAUCAAAAACGUCCCCGAAGACAAGUCACCCAGAAAACUGUAGUCGUCAAGGAAGAAGAUCCUGGAGAAAUACAAGUGAAGGAAGAGCCUCAGGAGACAGCAAUUCCAACACCAGGCAAGAGAAAGAGGGACCCUGCAGAGGGGGAAACCCAGGGAAACCCAACUCGAAGCCGGCGAACUAAGCCUAACCAGGAAGCAGCAGCCCCCAAGGUACUGUUCACAGGAGUGGUGGAUUCUCGUGGAGAGCGUGCAGUGCUGGCUCUAGGAGGCAGUCUGGCCAGCUCAGUAAAUGAGGCCUCCCACUUGGUUACUGAUCGCAUCCGCAGGACAGUCAAGUUCUUGUGUGCCGUGGGGAAGGGAAUUCCCAUCCUGUCCCUGAACUGGCUCUAUCAGUCCCGAAAGGCUGGUUGCUUCUUGCCGCCUGAUGACUACUUGGUGACUGAUCCUGAACAAGAGAAGAAUUUUAGCUUCAGCCUUCGGGAUUCCCUGAGCCGGGCUCGGGAACGAAGACUACUGGAGGACUAUGAGAUUCAUGUGACCCCUGGAGUGCAGCCACCUCCACCUCAGAUGGGAGAGAUCAUCAGCUGCUGUGGAGGCACUGUCCUGCCCAGCAUGCCCCAUUCCUACAAGCUUCACAGAGUUGUCAUAACGUGCACUGAAGACCUACCUCGAUGUGCUAUUGCAUCUCGCCUGGGGCUACCCCUCCUCUCUCCUGAGUUCCUCCUGACUGGAGUGCUGAAGCAGGAAGCCACACCAGAGGCCUUUGUCCUCUCCAAUUUGGAAAUGUAGUCUACCUAAAAAAAAAAAAAAAUGUACCUCUACCCUGUCAGACCAGCAAACAGUCAUAGAAAACACGUGGGUAAAGGAACACGCACGUACACAUUAAGACAGGGCAAGGUGGUUUGUCCGCACCUUUAAUCUUAACACUAGGGAGGCAGAAGUAAUUACAUUUUUGUGAGUUCUGGGCCAGCCAGAGGUACAUAAUGAGACCCUCUCUCAAAACACAAAGGAAAACAACAAACCUCAGGGUUUCGCAAAGGCCUAUGGUGCAUUGUGUUUUAUGGCUAUAACUGCCUUGGGAAUGUGAAGAAGACCUAGGAAGGGUUCUUUGCGGGGGGCGUGGGGAGUGUUUCCUAAGGUGACCAUUUGUUAGUUGGCACCCAAGCUGGGGUGCAGUCUGUACAGAGCACCUGCCCUAGCCCAGCUGUGCUCUGCAGUCUGCAGCUGCUCUGAUGCAACUGUACCAGGCCCAGCACCCUGGUUCUACCCUGUUUGGAAGUCAGCAUUGCCCCUUUUCUUCCCAGGAUUCUUACUCCAUGUGAACCAGCUCUCAGGAGUCCCUGGCUGCUCUUGGGUGUGGUUAGCAAGGGCUUUAGUUUUGCUUCCCUUACUCUGCAGCGUUUGCAGUUAGCUUUGGUCAUCUCCAGUAGGUCAGUGCUCACUCUGCCUUCUUGAUGGCAAGUUUCUGUGUGGAGACACAGGAUGAGUUUGAACUCGCACUUCAUUUGUUAUUGUUGAUUUAGAGUAAAUUAUAUUUGUUAAAUUUAAAGUUGGCCACUUUCCAGGAUGUGGAGACAGUAGAACUCUUGGAUACCACAGGUGUCCGGCUUGUCCUCUGCAGUAAACAGUACCGAAAUCCUUUAAAGUCGGUACAGAGCGAGGCAUGGGGUGUCUCCUGUUGUCCCAGUUCUCAGGAGGCUGAAGCAGGAAGGUCACAAGUUCCAGUUCAGCCUGGGCUACAAAAAGAGUCUGGGCAGGGUAGUGCAUCCCUUUAAUCCCAGCACUUGGGAGGCAGAGGCAGGCAGUUCUCUGAGUUCAAGGCCAGCCUGGUCUACAGAGUGAGUUCUAGAACAGUCAGGGCUUUUAACAAAGUAAACCCUGUCUCGAAAGAGAAGGGAAAAAUAUUUUUUUGUUUUUUACAAUUUUCUCUGGUUAUCGCUAAGGUAAGUCAGUACUCAUUGUGCCUGUCUGAUUACCAUAUGACCCAGCAAUACUGUACUGCCUCCCUUUAGAAGUUCUGUAAGCAAAGAAAACUUUUAAAUAUGCGUAAAGGUAAAGGCAAGUGGGAUCAGAAGUUCAAGGUCAGCUUUGGCUACAUAGCAAAUUGGAGGCCAGUCUAAACUACAAAAGAUUCUAAAGGAAAAGCACUUGAUUAAUGUUCUUUUUGGUUGGGCUUGGGAUUGAACCUGGCGCUUGCUUUAUGCAUGCUAGGCAAAGCCUUUUCAUCAUAGCCAAAUAUAGAAAAACUGUAGAUGUUUGUUCUGCAGAGCGAACAUGUAAAUACACUGUGUGCACAGAGAGACAUGUGCAGACAUGGAGUGAAAGCAGUAUGUGAGGGUGUUUGGUCACGGACACCCUGACUGAAAGAGCGAGACACAAGGACAGGUUUGAUCCCACCUGCAUAAUGUACCCAUAAUGUAUGAAUUCACAAAGAUAAGAGCAAACUGGUGCUUGCCAGGCUCUGACUACACAGAAGCUGUUAAAGGAGUCUUGAGUUCCGCUGUAGGGAAUUGGAAGACUUGAGGUCAGAAAGAGGAAGUGAUUGUCCGUAGUGCAGAAUAUUAAAUACUACUGUAUCAAAGGGUUUUUGCUAUGUGGACUUCACUUCAAUAAAAAACAGUUGCUUGCUUUA